AUGACGAUCGAACUGUCAAACGGCCAAGAGCGCCACGAUGCAUCCACCGAUCUCGUCCAGACAGCGUUGCCGGCAGCGUUGCCGGCAGCGUCGUCAUCCUCGUCCUCUUCCGCCAACCGCACUGCCACAUCGCCAGACCUGAUCUAUACGCUGCUUGGACACUCCAAGUCCAUAACUGCUCUCUCAUUCUCGCCUUGCGGUACGCUGCUAGCCACCGCAUCCGCCGACUGCACCGCCAAACUCUACUCGGUUGCUACCGGAGCCCUGAUCCACACGUUUGCUUCUCACCACACCUCGGGCAUCAACGACCUGAGUUGGUCGGGCGAUAGCGUCUACCUGGCGUGCGCAUCCGACGAUCGAUCCGUCAAGAUUUUCAAUGUGGUCACACAUCAACUCGUGCGUAAUUUCACCGAGCACACCUCGUACGUGCUGUGCGUCGCAUACAAUCCACAAUCGACGCUCGUGGUCUCGGGAUCGUUCGAUGAAACCGUACGGCUGUGGAAUGUGACGCGCAACAAAUGUCAUCGUGUCAUCUCUGCGCACUCCGAAGCCGUAACCGGUGUUGCGUUCAACAGCGAUGGCACCAUGAUCGUUUCUUCGUCGUACGACGGUUCGAUCCGGCUGUGGGAUACCACCACGGGAGCGUGUCUGAAGACGUUGAUGCACAAAGAUCAAUCUGCAUUGGGCGGAGUCAUGUUCACUCCAUCCAGCGCGCAGCUGAUCGCCACCAGCCUGGAUUCCACCAUCCGAAUGUGGGACGUAUACAACUCCAAGAUUGUUAAAACUUAUACGGGCCAUUCGAACCUCAAGAUCGCCAUUACGGCCAAACUCGCACGUUUUCAUCCGCAACCCACUUUGUCCACAAAAUCAGCUUCGGUAGCGGUCAUCUGCGGCAGCGAAGAUGGCAAAGUCACCAUGUGGGAUGUCCAGUCUAAAGAGAUGCUGACCCACUGGCAGGCGCAUAAGGAUUCCGUGGUCGCAGCUUCCCUCCACCCCACCGCUCGCAUCGUAGCCACGGCUACCGUCGAGCCUGAAAGCUCGGUCAAGCUAUGGUACUUUCCGGACUAG